AUGCGAAAUAAAGUCGUUUACCUUUUAAGGAAGGUUACAAUCCCCAUUAUCUCACUCACAAUUUUUCUGAAUGAUAUCCUGGUGAUCUUAGUGAUCCAGUAUUCAUCUCUCCAUUUUAUUUCUGUUAACAGGGAAACUUUACAAAGAAUAUUAGAUAUGACUAAACGCUCCUUUCUAGAUAUUUUGGUAACAAUCUUAGAGAUAAUUGCCCCAUCGCAUGUAAGAAUUACUACAGAAAAUGAUAGUGUCCCACGUAAUACAUUCCGUGUGAAUCCAAAGACAAACGUUAUUGAAUCUAGUCUAGAUCCAUGUACGAUAAGCAUAUGUAACCACCAAAUUUAUACAGAUUGGAUAUUCCUGUGGUGGAUUGCGUACACUGCUAAACUAGGGGGUAGAGUUCAUAUAAUGUUAAAAAAAUCAUUAGAGUCAGUUCCAUUGUUAGGUUAUGGUAUGAAGAAUUUCAAGUUUAUAUUUAUGAAUAGAAAAUGGAUCCACGAUCGUGCCACUUUGAGUAGCCGUUUGGGUGAGCUUGAUGCAGACGCUAGACACCAAGGGCCAUUGUCUGGUAAAGAACCAGCCUCUAUUGAUGAGGAUGGUUGUAACCAGUGGCCAAUUACGACUGAAUCUUUAAAUAGUACAUCUUGGCCUUAUAAUCUAAUUUUAUUUCCGGAAGGUACCAAUUUCACUGAUAACACAAAAGGUAAAAGUAAGGCAUACGGUGCAAAGGUUGGUAAAGCCACCUUUGAUCAUGUAUUACUACCACAUACCACAGGUUUGAGACAUUGCAUUAAAAGUUUACAACCUAGCUUAAAUGUGGUUUAUGAUAUUACAAUUGGUUAUUCAGGAGUGCGUUCAGGUGAAUAUGCAGAAAGUCUGUACGGGUUGAAAAGUAUUUUCCUGGAAAGUAAGUAUCCCAAACUCGUUGAUAUACAUAUUAGAGGUUUUAAAGUAGAAGAAAUUCCAGUUGAUGAUGAGGAAGCAUUUAAUGAAUGGCUGUACAAUGUAUGGAGGGAAAAAGACGAAUUAUUAGAUAGGUACUAUAAGAUUGGAACAUUCAAUCAUGACAAGGAUUUGCAACACACAAUAAUUGGUGAUUUUAAGAUCCACCGUACUGAGGCAUGUCUUGCUUUGCUAUGUCCAAUUGUUACAACUAUUUUAUUUUUGAAGUAUGUUAUCUCCUUCUUUCUAGGAUAA